AUGUCUGGACAGAAUGAUAAUAUUAACAGUUCAUCAGUGGAAGAAUUUAUCUUAGUUGGUUUUUCACAUCUCCAAGACUUUUACACUGUACUUUUCAUUAUAUUUUUUUGUAUUUAUUUAACAGUCAUUUUUGGUAAUUGUACCAUUCUUGUGGCGGUUUUAACAAAUGAAAAACUACAGACACCUAUGUACUUCUUUCUGUGUAAUCUUUCUAUUACUGAUAUGUUAUUUACAACUACUACUGUACCAAAAAUGUUAGCUCUGUUUGCAGCAAAUUCAAAUGCUAUCUCAUUUAGUCUGUGUUUUACUCAGCUAUGCUUUUGGCAUAGCUUUGGAUGUAGUGAAGCAUUUCUUCUUGUAGUUAUGGCAUAUGACAGGUAUGUGGCUGUAUGCCAACCUUUAUAUUACAGAAGAAUUAUGACUAACAAUGUUAAUAUUCUGCUUGUUGCUAGCACUUGGAUACUGCCCUUUGUAAUUUUGUUACCAGGUGUUAUUCUAGCAUCAAAGCUUCCUUUUUGUGGCCCAAACCAAAUUUACAACUGUUUUUGUGAACAUUUUGCUGUUAUUAGAUUAGCCUGUAGUGAUAUAACGUUCCAUGUAUUCCUUGGGUUUUCUAUUGCAAUGACAGUCUCUUUCAUGCCUUUAAUUCUUGUUGUCCUGUCAUACAUUAAAAUACUUACUACUAUUUUUCAAAUUGGAUCUACGGAGGAGCGUCUUAAAGCUUUCUCAAAAUGUAGCUCCCACAUAAUGGCUGUUUUCACAUAUUACACAUCAAUCAUUAUUGCUUAUGUAUCAUAUACAGUGGAGAUUUCUGAUAGUUUGCAUGUUGUAGCCACAAUUUGUAUAACAAUAUUAGCUCCUUCAUUAAACCCUUUGAUUUACACAUUAAGAAACAAAGAAGUCAAAGACACAAUAACAAAGCUUUUGUAUCAGAAUGUGGAAAAUCAAAACAAUUUUCCACCUUUUGAUUGA